UAGCCGGUGGGUGGCAGGGACAGGGACAGGGGGGCGUGGGGGAGAGAGGGGGAGAGAGAGAGAGAGAGAGAGAGAGAGAGAGAGAGGGCCUUUUUCUCUUCUGGCCACCUGGAAGAAGCCCUGCAAGAUCUGUGGCGUGUAUCAAAGACCAAGAAAUGCAGAAAUAAUUCAAUUCAGUGACCGGUAACUGGCUCCCAACAUUUUUUUGUGCAACGAUUAAAGCAACAGUUGUCCCAGCAGGGGAAACUGUGCGGCGGAGACGAGUCCAGUCGACGAAUCCAAGGAGGAGACACCCGGACCCCAUCCGGAUCCAAAUUAAGUUUCUGGUCGAGCGUGAAAUGCGCGCGGGAGCUUCAUGGACACGCUGAGAACUGCCAGCGACCGAGUCCGAGGGAAGACACCACUUCAGCACUGAGGAAUAAAGAAGAAGCCCCCCAGCCGGUGUUGAUGUCAGGUGAAGGUGGAGCGACACUGACGGAGCUCGCGUCUUCGGCCAGGUAACAAGCCCGCCGGCAGCUUCGCUUUCCGCCCGGUGCGCGGCUCGGGGCUCGGGACGCGGGAUGAGCGGAGGUCGCUUCGAGUUCGACGACGGCGGCGCGUACUGCGGCGGCUGGGAGGGCGGCAAGGCGCACGGCCAUGGCAUCUGCACCGGACCCAAGGGCCAGGGCGAGUUCUCCGGCUCCUGGAACUACGGCUUCGAGGUGGUGGGGGUGUACACCUGGCCCAGCGGCAACACCUACGAGGGCUACUGGUCGCAGGGGAAGCGCCACGGCCUGGGAGUCGAGACCAAGGGACACUGGAUUUACAAGGGGGAGUGGACUCACGGCUUCAAGGGGAGAUACGGCCUCCGGAUCAGCGUCGGGAGCGGCGCAAAGUACGAAGGCACGUGGAACAACGGGCUGCAGGAUGGAUAUGGGACAGAGACGUAUGCGGAUGGAGGUACUUUCCAGGGUCAGUUCACUGGUGGUAUGAGGCAUGGCUAUGGUGUUCGUCAGAGUGUUCCCUACGGCAUAGCAGCAGUUGUCCGCUCCCCUCUUCGUACCUCCUUGACCUCCCUCCGCAGCGAGCACAGCAAUGGCACCGUCUUGCAGCAAGACAUCCCCAUCAUCACCACCACCAAUGCCUCCGGUGAGGAGACACCCGUCGCCACCCCUACCCAGCUGGGACCAUCCCGCGGAGGCUUCGCCCUCACCCUCCAGGUGGACCCAGAUGCGGUGAAACCCAAGAAGAAGGGCCUGUUUCGCAGGGGUUCUCUGCUCGGGAAACUGAAGAAGUCCGACUCAAGCACCUCGCUGUCCAGCCAGAAGAGCAAGAUCAGCUUCCUGAGGACAGAAUCAGCUCUCAGCUCCAACGCAAGCGAUACCAAUUCCACCAUCAGCAUCGGGGACGAGAGCCUGGCCGGAGCCGAGGAUUUCCCCCCAGUUGAGGCCGACAUUGACGCCACCACCACCGAGGUCUACAUGGGCGAGUGGAAGAACGACAAGCGCUCAGGAUAUGGAAUAAGCGAAAGGUCCAGCGGGCUGAAGUACGAGGGCGAGUGGCUGAACAACCAGAGACAUGGCUAUGGGUGCACCACCUUCGCAGAGGGAGGGAAGGAGGAGGGCAAGUACAUGAACAACUUGCUGGUGAAGGCCGUGAAGAAGAGGAUGAUCCAGCUGAAGGGAACCAAGAUCAAGCAGAAGGUGGAGCGGGCAGUGGAGGGAGCUCAGAGGGCUGCAGCCAUCGGCAAGCAGAAGGCAGAGAUCGCGGCUUCCAGGACGUCCCACGCAAAGGUGAAGUCAGAUGGAGCUGAACAGGCGGCUCAGGCCUCCAACAGUGAGUCCAGCAUUGCCCGGCUGGUUGCCAAAGAGCUCUCCCCUUCCUUCUACCAGCCAGGUCCUGAGUAUCUGAAGAAGAGGGUCUUACAGGAGGUCGUGGAAGGCAGUGAGAACACAGACACUGCCAUGCAUGACCCGCUGGUGGCUGAGGAGGAGCCUCUGCCAACACCGCCUGAAAGCCCACUCAUGAAUGAACUGGACGGCCUCAUGCCUGGCUCAUCCCCAGGCCGCACCCCCUCCCCCAGCCCGGGCAUCAUCAACAAGGAAGAUCCCAAUCUCCUCAGUCCAGGGAGCUGGAAUGAAGACAAAACCAGUAAAGGUGGUGGCAGUAGGGGAAGCAGUAAACCCAACAGCAGGCCCAGUAGUCGCCCCACUACCCCUUCAACCCCCAUUUCUGCUAUUACCUCAGCUGUACCUGAAGAAGGAGGGGCCCCCAUCAGUCGAGGCCCUUCUCGUUCCUCCAGCUGUCAGAGCAACAAGAACGAGCAGGGCUCUGACCUGGAGAUCAAGCCCCUGCAGAAAUUUGAAUCUGAGUCAAAGGCUCCAGACGUCACUUCCGCCGUUGCUGCCCCUGUAAGGAAUAGCCUCAUCUCUGAAGAUGACGAAGAAGCUGCGCGUCCCUCCCCCAAAGUGCCCAAAGCUGUCACCCCUGAGCCCAAACCUGCAGAGCUCAAAACCGAAAGAUCUCCAUCAGUCCAAGAACGAGCACCCUCCAUCUCUGAGAACAAAGUGGAGUCCAGGGAGGUGAGCAGGCCGUCCAGCAAAGCCGAGACAAAGCCAUUACCAAAAUGGCAGCCCAGCCCAGCUCCAUCCCCAAAACCUGCACCCAGUCUUGAACCUAAAACAGUACCAAAGCAAGUGGAAGCCAAAGCCAUUGUCGCCAAACCAGCUCUCAAGGUGGAUCCCAAAGCUGAAGCUCGUCUGAAGGCCAUUGUGUCGAGCGCAAGCUACGAGGUGACUACAGAGUCAGAGCUGGAGGGCCCAAACACCAUAAUGAUCUGCAUGGUGAUCCUGCUCAACAUUGGCCUGGCCAUUCUCUUCGUACACAUUUUGUCAUGAGACCACCACCUCAGGUCACCAGCAGUGUUGGAGAGCGAUGGCGUACCUCCUCCUCGGAAAGGACCACAGAUCAGAAGAGAUCGCUGAGGGGAGGUGGAGGACGAGGAAGAGGAGGAUGCAGGCAGCCACAGCUCUUCUGAAGGUUUUUGUUGGUGUGACUGCGUGACACUCUGACCUCUCUCCAGAGGUUAGAGGACCUGAAGGACACUGAAUUGACUGACAUGAUUCAGUAUAUCUGAAUAUGGUGAUAAUUGUAUGUUAAAGUGCGGAGGGGUGUGGGACUGGAUGGUAGAAGCAAGGUGGCGGAACUCAUUGUUUUAAAUACAUAAAAGCUUUUAACUAAAUCCUUAAAUUGGCACAAAUAGGCUGCCUCUCACAACAAUAAUUUUGUAUGCUUGUUUGCAUUAUGUAGUCGCCGGCUGAAGGAAUGUUGAUCACAUAUACAGACUUAAUAUUCUCUCCACUGUGCCUUUCGACUGCAGCAGACGUGUGAAGGAUUUGGGAGUGAUAACUGUUUAAUAUCCUCAUUUUAAUCAUCUGCAAUCAAUGUCCAAUGUUUGGUUAAAAAGCUGAAAAUAAUGGAGGAGGAGGCUGAAAUGUGUGUUUAUGUCAAGACGCUCUCCAAUACUCCUGAAACUGUAAUCAAAUGUUCUGCACAGUUGUUGCUGUUGUCCCCUUUAUGCUCUCGACUGUCUUAAGAGAGACUCCAAAGCAUCGAGUUACAUUUGCAAAAACCUGUAUUUGAGUCUGCUGUGUUUUACACUGUGAAAGUUUCUUGUUCUCACUGCAUUUAUCAUCACUCUGCUGCUUCGGGUCUGGGAGCCGAUCAACCAAAGAUGAAAAGGAAAUGGGAAGCUAAUGAGUGUCACUGCUUUUGUGUAUGUACUGUUCCUGCACUGCUGUUUAGCACCCGGGUGCUUUUAAAUGAGAGUUGUGUAUGUUUUUAGCGAUGGAAUAAGAGAGCAGAAUAUGAAGGCUGUAUGUUGUAGUAUGUUUGCUCAGUCUACAGAUUUAUAUUCACAGAGUGGUAGCAGCAGGAGGUGGGAUGGGAUUAUGUGUUUUUGCCUGUAGGCUCCUGUCAUGUUUAUGUGUAGAAAACUCUCACUGCAUCACAUUCAGGGCCUGUUAUGUUUUUAGAGCCAAAUAUGAGUUCCACUUUUCUAGGCAUGAGGUCACUUUGCGUCUGUUUUUGUACCAUUUUGAAGUGCACAACUUUUCAGCAUUCAAAAAUAUUCUGUCAAAGAAACAUGAAACCCUAAAUUUAUUUAUUUCCCACACGAGUCAGACAGAUUACCUCGUGAUUGUGAGAAGGAGAAAAACAUAGGAUUCUUAACUCUGUGUCUUACAUCGAGAAGAGCACCCUUAGGAGGUGCCAUUUAAUAUUUGCCCUGUUUUCUUUUAGCCAUGAAACUUGGGUCUUUAAAAAGAGAUUUUUAGCUGAAAAUAGAUUUGCCUUUGAUUUUGAACACAGACCAUUGGUUGUGCAUCGUUUUCAUGCAAUAAAAAAAACAAAAAACAGUACAAGGCAUCUAAAAAAAACUGCACCUUUCAUAUUUGGAAAAAAACUUUAGACUGAUAGUUUUCUUAUCAAGGCAAUCAUCAAAUUGACAGAGGAACUCAAAAUUAAGUGCAAUAAGUAGUUUUCAUACAGGUCAGUAUAAUGCAGAAGCCAUUUUUGUCAGUUUUAGUGCAUUUAAUGAAAUGAGAAAUAACUGAAAUUGAAAAAAAACAAAGAUGCAAUUUGUGUGGCCAAACCUGGCCAAAACUACAAUGUUCAGAUUAAAUAAAAACUUUUACAACA